AUGGGAUCACUGAGCCUCAUGAUGAACAUCGAGCUGCCAGGGAUCAAGGCAACCGCGACUGUGAAAACCGCCAGUGAUCCCCAAUCCCCCAGUACACUUCGACCCAUUGCCCAGCGCAUCCGAGAGACGCUGGGUCAGGUGAACAGUCCUAGAGCCAUUGCGGCGCACCUGCACCGUCUAGCGUUUGAGAAAUCCCCCCAGAGGAUCUGGCAAGGAUUUCUCGGUCGACGCCACAUCAUGGUGACGACGUGGGCGCGAGCAGGACUAUACGAGGUCGAUUUAGGCUUAGGAGCGAGGGUUCGUUAUGCCGACGGGGUGUUUGUUACCCAUCAUGGACGGUUUGGUCUCGAUCAAAGAGGGACCAGCACCCUCUCUUCCCUCUCCAUCCUCCGGCAACAGUACCUCUUGGACUGA